CACCACGGAACAAUCUCGACGACUACGAUACCACGGCCGAGUGCAGCAAUUACCUCCUGCCAUUCCACAUACGCCAUGUCUGACAUGAGCGCCGCGAUUCCCAAACUUCUCCCCCGCAGACGCCCACCCCCUCAGCGACCCGCACCCGACUCCGUCCCUCCACCGCCAACACCACCCCUACCUCCCCUACCAGACCUCUCCAAACACACGUACAUCCAUCCCACGCGGCGCAUCCUCAGCAAGCAAGACCACGACCUCUUCCUCUCGAGCCCGACCUCCACCCUCGUCCAAGCCUGGAUCUUCACCCUCUCCGACUCGGUCCGCAACCGCGCCAUCGGCACCAUACAAGACUCAGACCUGCACCCCACGAUCCGCAAAAUCCUCCGCCUCCUGCAAGAAGUCGAACAAAUCCUACACGCCAACCCACCCGAAGACACGGGCUCGCGCUUCGGUAACCCCAUCUUCCGCACCUUCCUCGACGCCGUCGUCUCCUCCCUCCCCGGCUGGCACCGCGAAUUCGGCCUGGACGAUGACGCCCAAAUCGACGAGAUUUCCACGUACCUGGCGCACGCGUUCGGCAACCGCAGCCGCAUCGACUACGGCUCCGGCCACGAACUCAACUUCUUGCUCUGGCUGCUGUGCCUGAACCGCAUCGCGCUGCUGCCCGAUGACACGUUCCCCGCCAUCGGGCUCGUCGUACUACCGGCCUACCUGCGCCUCAUGCGCAAGAUCCAAUCGGCGUACUACCUCGAGCCCGCAGGCUCGCACGGCGUCUGGGGCCUUGACGACUACCAAUUCCUCCCCUUUUUAUUCGGCGCCGCGCAGCUCGUCGGACAUGCCUACAUCACGCCCAAAUCGAUACACAACCAACUCGUGCUCGAGGAGGAGGGCCACAAGUAUCUGUAUCUGGAUCAGGUGGCGUUUGUGAACCGCGUCAAGAACGUCGAAGGGUUGAGGUGGCAUAGUCCCAUGUUGGAUGAUAUCUCGGCGGCGAAGUCUUGGGGUAAGAUUGAGGCCGGGAUGAGGAAGAUGUUUGUGAAGGAGGUGCUGGGCAAGGUGCCGGUUAUGCAGCAUUUUUUGUUUGGGAUUCUUGGGAAAUAGAGGGUUGCAUAUUUGUGGUGUUUGAGGGGUUGUUGCUCUUUGGGUGGUCUUGCAUGGGACGGUGCCGGCGUUGGUUGGUUGAGAUCGAUAUGGAUUCAAUAUCUUGAGGGUCCCGCUUUCUGUUUUCUGCGGAAUGUGCAUGUUGGAUCCAUCGCUGGGCAAGACCAUAGACAGAUCUGUUUCCAAGCAAGUACUUGCAUAACAUUCAUCUCCCAUGUCUGGAUAUCAUUCCCCCUCCUUCACACCCUAUGGUAGCACAUCCCCCCAACUCAAUCU